AUGGCCCUUGCAUCAAUCUUGAAGUUGUCUGCUAUAGCAGUUGCGCUUGGAGCACAACUGGGCGCUGCACAAACAUAUACCAGCUGUAACCCUAUGGAGAAAACCUGUCCGGCAGAUGUUGGUCUGGCCAAUUCUACCUUGACUACUGGCUUCACCUCCGGGGAGUCAGCCUUCAAGUACUGGAACACUACGUCCGGUACGGUGAGCAGCACAUCGCUGGGUGCCGAAUUUUCCAUCAAGAAACAGGGCGAUGCUCCUACCAUAGAGAGCAAGUUCUACAUAUUCUUUGGCUAUGUAGAAAUGAAAAUGAGAGCCGCAAACGGUACUGGCAUUGUCAGCACGUUGGUCAUCGAAUCUGACGACCUUGAUGAGAUCGACUGGGAGCAAGUUAGCAGCUAUGACAACCAAAUCCAAACCAAUUACUUUGGUAAGGGCAACACAACUUCCUAUGAUCGCGCAACCACAGUGACCGUCUCCACUCCCGACGAGAUAUUCCAUACGUAUGCCAUCAACUGGACCUCAAGCAAGAUUGAAUGGGUUGUCGACGGAAGCGUUGUGCGAACCCUUAAUUAUGCUGAUGCGCUUGACGGCGAAAACUUCCCCCAAACGCCUUCGCGGAUCAAGAUCGGUAUCUGGGCCGGAGGUGACCCCGACAACUCCGAGGGUACCAUUGAAUGGGCUGGUGGCGAGACCGACUACGAUGACAGCCCUUUCACUAUGUAUGUCGAGUCGGUCAAGGUUAUCAACUACAACCCUGCUAGGUCUUAUACCUAUACCGAUAAGACUGGUGCCUUCACUAGUAUCAAAGCGUCGAACGUAUCGACUGCCUCGAACUCAUCCACUUCUACGACCUCCCUGUUUCGUACAAACACGAAGUCAUCAACCAAUAGCAGCACCUCUUCCUCUGUCAGUAUCGCAUCCAGCACUGCGUUCAGUGGCGCUUCCACUGUCUUGAGUUCGUCUUUCGGCUCUCUGUUCGUGGGUUCAAUUGUCACUAUCACUACUGGUAUGCUGGGUAUCUAG